AUGAGCGCCGCUCCCGCCGACUUCCCUCUCGUCCCGUCCACAGCGUCGUCCUCACGCCCGCAAGAAGUGGUCGACGCCCCAGCGCGCACAGCGUUCGAAUUCGACCCGAUCGAGGAUGCCAUCGCCGCCUUCAAGCGCGGCGAGUUCCUCGUGGUCAUGGACGAUGAGGGCCGGGAGAACGAGGGCGACCUCAUUGUCGCCGCGAGCGCGACGUCUACCGAGAAGAUGGCGUGGAUGAUCAAACACACCAGCGGCUUCAUCUGCGUAUCCCUCCCCGGCGACCGCCUCGAGCAGCUCGCGAUCCCGAUGAUGGUCCCCCAAAACGAGGAGCGGCACAAGACCGCGUACACCGUCACCGCCGACUACCGCCACGGGACCACGACGGGCAUCUCCGCGCACGACCGUGCUCUGACCGUGCGUGCGCUCGCCGCGGCGGCCCCUGCAACGGCGUUCGCGCGCCCGGGGCACAUGGUCCCGCUGCGCGCGCGCGAGGGCGGCGUGCGCGUCCGCCGCGGGCACACCGAGGCCGCGCUCGACCUGUGUGCGGCGGCGGGGCUCCCGCGCGCGGGGGUGCUGUGCGAGCUCGUGGAGGACGACGCGGAGGGGAGUAUGAUGCGGCGCGAUGGGUGCAGGCGGUUUGCGGACCGGUGGGGGGUCCGGAUGAUCAGCAUCGAGCAGCUCGUGAGGUGGAGGGAGGAGAGGGAGGGGUCGCUGAAAGUAGCGGGGCAAACGUAG